AAGUGUGAAUGAGGAGGACUAGAUGGAUCAGAUGAAAGAGAUGAUAACGAUCACACAGCGCAUCAACCAGUCUCUUAACAUUGAUGAGGGCACAGAGGAGAAAUACACCAGGUUGAGACAUCAAGGGAAGGAGGCGGCCCAGCGUGGGGAUCUAGAACUUUCUCUGUCUUUGUUUCGUCAGGCGUACGAUCUGCGGCCCAGCGACAAGCUGCAGAGUCGAAUCCAGCGAUUGGAGGAGGCCAUACAGGAAGUUAAUGCAUCGGAAGAAGAGGAGGAGUUUGUGGACGUGCAGGGCAGCAGCUUGAUGCUUUACAAGGGCCUGUACGAUCAGCUUUAUGAGCAUCAAAAAGAAGGCGUGGCGUUCCUAUACAGCCUUCACAGAGACGGGAGGGGCGGGGGCAUCCUCGCCGAUGACAUGGGCCUCGGCAAGACCGUGCAGGUGGUCAGCUUUCUGUCGGCCAUGUACGACGCUGAGCUGACCAAGCACACGCUGUUGGUCAUGCCCACCUCCCUCAUCAAAAACUGGCUGAGGGAGUUUAAGCGCUGGACGCCCGGCCUCCGGGUGAAAGAGUUCCACGGAACCAGUAAAUCGGAGCGCAGCAGGAACCUGGAGCGGAUUCAGCGAGGAAGCGGAGCGAUCAUCACCACCUAUCAGAUGCUCAUUAACAACUGGCAGCAGCUGUCAUCGUACGAGCAGCGCGAGUUCAGCUGGGACUACAUCAUCCUGGACGAGGCGCACAAGAUUAAGAGCUCCUCCACAAAGACGGCCAAGUGUGUGAGCGCGGUCCCCGCCCGACACCGCCUGCUGCUCACUGGCACGCCCGUCCAAAACAACCUGCGUGAGAUGUGGGCGCUGUUCGACUUUGCCUGCCAGGGGGCGCUCCUGGGUAGCGCCAAAACAUUCAAGACUGAGUAUGAGAACCCAAUCACACGUGCGAGGGAAAAAGACGCCACACCCGGAGAGAAAGCGCUGGGGUUAAAGAUCUCGCUGAACCUUACGGAGCUCAUCAAACCGUACUUCCUGCGCAGGACCAAAGCCGAGGUGCAGAGCAGGAAGCAAAUGGUGCUUAAAGAGAGCAGAGAACAGGAAGUGCAGGGUGAGGAGGGGAGGAAAAAAGGGGCAGAAAUACCAUCCCUAACACGGAAGACUGAUCUGAUCGUGUGGACGUAUCUGAGCGACGUGCAGGAGAACAUUUACCGACAGUUCAUCUCUCUGGAUCACAUCAAAGAGCUUCUGACCACCACCAGAUCUCCACUGGCUGAACUCACUGUGCUCAAGAAGCUCUGCGAACAUCCCAGAUUACUUUCUGUUCGCGCCCUCGCUCAGUUGGGACUGGGGGAGGGGCCGGCUGAUCUCAACGAGAACGAUAACCAAUCAGCAGCGAGCAACAUAGAGGGCGUGGCGGACCAGACUCUCAUCAGCGAGUCGGGAAAGCUGAACUUCCUGGUGAGUCUUCUGGAGAGUCUGAGGGAGGGAGGAAAGCGGACGCUCGUCUUCUCUCAGUCCAGGAAGAUGCUGGACAUCAUCGAGCGCGUUCUGAACAACAGGAAGUUUAGCGUGCUCCGUGUGGACGGGACCGUCACUCAGCUCGUCGAGAGAGAGAGACGCAUCGCGCUUUUCCAGACGGACGCACAAUACUCUGUCUUCCUGUUGACCACACAGGUUGGCGGAGUCGGCCUCACCCUCACCGCUGCCAACAGGGUGGUGAUCUUCGACCCCAGCUGGAAUCCCGCCACUGACGCGCAGGCGGUGGAUCGAGCGUAUCGCAUCGGACAGACCAGUGACGUCAUCAUCUACAGACUUAUUACCUGUGGAUCGGUGGAGGAGAAGAUCUACAAACGCCAGGUUUUUAAAGACUCCCUGAUCCGACAGACGACAGGUGAUAAAAAGAACCCGUUCCGGUACUUUACAAAGCACGAACUGAAGGAACUCUUCACGCUGGAGGACACACGCUCCUCGUCCACUCAGCUGCAGCUACAGUCGCUCCACUCGUCCGUCUGCCGACCCGACCCCGAGCUACAGCGCCACCUCUCCACUCUGAUGGACAUGAACGUGUUCGGCGUGUCCCGUCACGACCUGCUGUUCUCCGGCGUGGAGGAGGAGGACGAGGACGCGGUGCAGGACGAGGAGACGCAUUACAUCCAGCAGCGGGUGCAGAAAGCGCAGGAACUCGUCCAGGCCGAGUCGCAGCUGCACAGCCUCAUAAAUGACAAGGUCAGUCAAAACACAGAACCUGCCUGGCUGCGACUGUCCCGCCAGCAUGGAGUAGAGGAGCCUGUGUUCCCCUGCCGACCCCCCGACCCCCCCGUCGUGGUAGAUCUGACCCAGUCCGGAUCGGACGACCUGGAGCUGCUCAGCGCAGACGGAGCGAUGGAGGUGAAGGACGAGGACGUGAUCGAUUUGUCGGCACUAACGAGCACGGACAAGGUGGAGAUGUCAAUCAUGGAGAAAUCAGACCAGGUGCUCUCUGACACCUCUCCUCUUAGCCACUCACGUUCAUCUGUAGCCCUGAUAGGGGCAGAGUCAGAUUUGGUAGAAGCACAACAGGAAGUAGAAUCAGAUUGGCCUACAGUGCCUGGGAGGAGCUCAGCGUUAUCGUUAGCCCUGACUGAGCCUGACCGCAGUUCACCUGAAGCUCUGACAGCGACAGAAUCAGUCGAGAAAACCACUCUGAUGGAGGCGGAGUCUGAUUUUAAAGCUCAGAUGGAGAAGUCUGAUUGGUCCAAAGCCCUGACGGAUGUGGAGUCAGAUCUCUCUGACUCUCGGACGGCGGCGGAUUCGCUCCAGGGAAACUUUAACCUGCAGCUGGAGGACAGUGCUGAGCUAAUCUCAGGGUACGAGGAGGAGGAGGAGGAGCAAGAGGCGGAGUUAAGUGCAGGGGGAGGAGACUUUCAGCUGCAGAUGGAUAUCACUGGAGAGAGGAUGGAACUGAGUAACCAUGACGACAGUGCUGUUCCCAUCAGCCAACAGUCGUUGGUGAACACGCCAGCAGAUGAUUCAAUUCUUCAGCCAAUAAGGAGGAAGAAAAAAGCCCAGGUGAUUGAUGACAGUGAUGAGGGGGAGGAGCCUGCAGAAGAGGAGGUGGAGAAACCGGUUUUAGCCAGCAGCCCAUUGGUCGGCAGGUUCAGGAACCUUGGCUGUUCUACUCCCAAAUCUAUUCUAAACAGCAGCGCCACCAACAGGCGGAGCAUGAACCUGUCGAUUUCAUCACGGCGCUCAAUGGUGGAGUCACUGCUGCAGGACAUGGAGGAGGAGGGUGAGGGCGUGGAGGAGGAGGAGGUGGGUGAGGAGCAGGAGGAGGACUGCAGCGCUGUAGGGACGGGGCUGAGUCUGGUAUCCGAAUCUCACGGAACAGCUGCUGAUGAAUCAGUGCUGGAGGAGGAGGAGCCAAGUGGAGAGACACUGAACUCAGAUGAGGACCUUGAGGGGGAAGAGGAGGAGCUUGGACAGGAAGAGGAGGAGCUUGUGCAGGAAGAGGAGGAGCAGAGUUUCAUUAAUUACUCCACUGAUGUUGAACUUGGCUCCAGUGAAACUGUGGAUCAGUGUGCACCAUCCAAAGUGCCCCUCCUAAAACCUACACCCGCUAAAACUGAGAUCAAAGAAGCCGAGGAAACGUUUGAGUCACUGGUGCAUUCUGGGAAACGUAGUUUGGCUGAAGGAAGGAAACGGGAAGCGCUGGAUCUGUUCUUAAGGGCCAUGGAUAUAAACGCAGGAGACUCUGAAAUACAACUGCUCAUCAUCCAACUGUACCGAACACUGAGUCAACCCCGCACCUAACACACACACUCUCUCUAACACACUCACACACACACACACACACACACACUCUCACACACACACUCUCACACACAUACACUCUCACACACACACAUACUCUCUCACACACACACACACUCUCACACACAUACACUCUCACACACACACACUCUCACACACAUACACUCUCACACACACACCUUGACCAUUAUCCCACAAGUACAAGGCUCAUUGAAUGAUCGUUUGAGUACUAGGACGGAGUGUAUCAGGCUGCUGGUUUUUGUAUCACACUGAAGUACAGAGCCCAGGAGCUGCAGUGUCCCAAAUCACAUUUAGAUCCAAUAAUAAUAAAAAGCUCCUGCAGGGACUGACUGAUUCAUUCUAACCAACGAUAUGAUGAGUUUCAUUACGAAAAUAAAAGGAGUUAGAAUAAAGUGAACAGAUUUACUGAUUUAUAGGUACCUGCCACAUCAACUGUCAUGUAAACACAUACACACACACGGAAUGUGGAAUUAUUGUGCAUGGAUAAACAAAGCUGUAAACUUUUUGAUUUGCUUUUUUAUUUUUGUAAUUGAUCAGUUCUGUUCAUGAAAUAAAUUGUUCAGAUUCAAAA